UGUGAGUGGUGAGUGGCAGGCUGUAAAGUGUGUCUCCUCCCGUGCUUUGCAAGGCCUGCCUGCUGCCACUCAGUCUUCCCUUCCAUGUUAGGGUCACUCAUUCUCGCCCGUCGAUCUAGAAAACACCCACGGCUCGAGUCGAGUUUCAUCAUCCACGGUCCACACUCACUCUUCGGCUUGAACACCACACAAAACGAACGCCCAGUGCCAUCAUUACCUAGUUGUCCCCCCCCUCCAUCCCACCGUUGCCCUGUCCGCCCUGAAUGCUCCUCCACCGGACUCCUUCGCCACGGUGAUCUUGUCAUCGAAAAACCCCAUCCUCGACCCCCUCGCCCAGCUCCUGGCACCACCACCACUUCGCCAAUUCCCGCCUCUCGCAGAGACUGACUCCAACCAUAACCCACAAGUCAGCAGGAAUCCGUCUUCAGCUUGGAUUCCACAUUGACGCCAUCCAGGACUGAGCAGCUCUUUUCUCCUCCGCCUCGAACCCGCGGCAGGCAGUCGAGUCAUUAGUCGGGCUGCCAGGCAAGUCAGGCAGUCAGCCAGCCAGCUAGUGCUUCGCGGAGCUUUAUCGUCCGAGUAGGGACGUCUACACCGAAUCCGUCCCAUAACGCUCGCCGGGCACUCACAGCUGCGCCAUCAUGCCUAUCGACGACAACCAGAGCGCGAUUAGCGUCGCCUCGGAGGGGAGUCCAUGUGUCGACCACCCAUCCAUUGGGCCCUCCCAUGAUAGCUUCGACAUUCACCAACAUCAUCUUGUCGCCCACCACCCUCCACCGGGCGCUUCUGUUUAUCCCCCAUCGGCUCCCUUUUCCGGUGCUCUGAACCCCCGGAGUUGUGUAACAUGUCGGAGACGCAAGGUUCGGUGCGACAAACAUAUGCCAUGCUCCAACUGCCGGAGAGCACAGAUUCCAUGCAUCUUCCCGGCCCCUGGUCGGGCGCCGCGACGACCAAGACCAAAAGACCCGAAUGCGCCGUCGAAACAGCCUUCGAGCGAGCGGGAGCUGGAGCUGAUGAAGCGCCUGCGAAAACUCGAAGGCAUUGUCGAAGAACUUAGCGGUCAGAUCGAACUUGAGGCGGUGCGACACCCGUUUAGCUCCAGCAACUCUCCUGAAGGCACCGGAGGACACGAUGCGGACGGCCACGCGACUGGUGCAACCCGAGCCGGCGAUAAACCUGGAACCCCGAACGGAAGCAAUCUUGGCAAGAACUCGCCCUCAACUGGAACCGGUCUAAGCACAGAUAAGAGUGGCGCGCAAGGUCUGCAGACACAACUCAACAGACCUCCUUUUGGCCCAUUAAGGAGGAUAUCAUCAGACAUCCACAAACAGUUUGGUCGCUUGGUCCUCAACGAGAAGGGUGUCACCAGAUAUGUCAGCAGUGGAUUUUGGUCUGCGAUCAAUGACGAGCUCGACGAGAUCCGCCGAGAAACAAUAGAAUGCGGCCAACACGAUUCCGACGUCUCCGACGACGAGGCUUCUCCCGAAUCCGUCGACCAACCCGUUAGCCAUUCAGAUCAUCAGUCUUUCAUCUUCGGGUACCGCUCCGCCGAUGUCGACUUAAGACCACUGCACCCGCUCCCAUCGCAAAUUCCAUUUAUGUGGCAGGUAUUCCAGGAAAACGUCGAUCCAAUACUCAAGGUUCUUCAUGUCCCUUCGAUGACCAAAACAAUACGCCACGCUCGGAACAACAUGGACAGCCUCACGCCUUCGACCGAAGCCUUGAUGUUCGCCAUCUACUAUUCUGCCGUUGCCUCCAUGGACAAAGAUGAAGCCAAAAUGAACUUCGGCGCCGAAAAGGACUAUCUCGUACAACAAUAUCGAUUUGCUCUUGAGCAGGCUCUAGCGAGAGCCAACUUUACGACGACGCCCGAUAUCACCCUCGCCCAGGCGUUCCUCCUCUUCCUUAUUCUCGUUCGCCGCCAGGAUGACACGAGGUUCGCUUGGACCUUGACUGGCCUACUUAUUCGCAUUAGCCAGGCACUGGGCCUCCAUCGUGACGGAACGAACUUCCCCAACAUCAGCCCCUUCGAGGUCGAAAUGAGGCGCCGUAUCUUCUGGGCCGUAUGUAUCUUGGAUCUCCGCUCUGCCGAGGACCAGGGUACCGAUCUCACUCUCGUCGACCGUACUUUUGAUACACAGCUCCCUCUUAACGUCAACGACUCCGACAUCUCACCCGAUAUGAAGGAUUUCCCAGAAUCACGAGACGGGCCAACGGACAUGACCUUUUCCUUAAUCCGGUACGAGAUCUGCACGGUGGCGAGACGUUUGCACACGGCAUCGUCCGCCAUGGCGCCUGUCUGCCCCGGGGAUGCUGCAACUUCGCUAGAAGAGCGAGAGGAAAUGCUUGCCGACCUACACAAGCGUGUUGAGGAAAAAUACCUCCGGGAUCGCUCUUGCCUGGAUAACCCCAUGUACUGGGUGGCUGCGAACAUCGCACGAGUGCUGGUCGCCAAGAUGACCCUAAUAAUCUACCAGCCUGUGCUGUUCCCAGGACCAGACAAUGAAGAGUUGUCGGAUGAGCUACGGGAACGUCUCUUCAACUCUGCUAUCGAAGUAUUCGAGACGAACCACAUCCUUAAUACUGACCCAAGAACCAAGCCAUGGAGGUGGCUAUUCCAGACAUACACACAAUGGCCAGCCGUGGCGUAUCUUCUAAUCGAAGUUUCGCACAAGGCUUGGGGCCCUGCAUCAGAGCGCGCUUGGGGUGCUUUGAACUCGGUGUAUACAGCACCAAAAGAGUAUGAGCUUGAGAAGCUCGCAUCCCAUACAGCUGUUUGGCUCCCCAUCAAGAAGAUGUACUUCAAGGCCAAGAGGCAUCGUGAAGCGGAGACCGCCCGUCUUCGUGCCAAUCCUCAAGCUGCCAUGCAGCUCGAGCUGGAAGACCAGUCCAGACCCGCCCCGACCACUUUCGGGGCAUUGUCAGUUACAGAGGAGAUCAGCAUCACAGUGGCCCGUGAACGCUGGAGGAAGCUUGUUAAUGCGCCGCCCUUACCAGUUGAGCCGGUGCCACCCCCGAGGCAGCCAACGCCCGAGAUCCCACAGACUGUACAACAGCAGACCAACGAAGUUCACACCAAUGAUAACAGUCACCCUACAGAAAACAUGAGUGUUUCAAAACCGGACAUGAUGGACUUUCUAGAUCCCACCAUGACCAACCAAGGGUUUAACCCACAAGAAUUCAUCCCCUUAUGGAGGGGGCCUCCUUUCGACCCGAGUCGUCCACCUGUCUACGGAUUUUCUAAUGGCGACAUUCCACGAAUGGACAGCGCGGCGAACUUCAACCCCGCAACAAUACCCGACUUCAAUCGCAGCACCACACCGGCACCCACAGGCGGUAAUCAGCUGCAUCACACGCCUGGUCCAGGGCCAAACAUGAAUACAGCUCAGGGGAUGCAGGUACAGUCGCCCGUGAAAGACGAGAAUGCCCCAUGGUUAUGGCCUGGGCCGGGGUUGCCCGAAAUGCUCCGGGUACCUAAUUUCCAGGUUGAAGAUAUGGACGUUAAUAUGGACGAGGGUUUCGACUGGCAAAACUGGCAGGAGAGCCUUGGUAGGUUCGAAAUGGAAACGAAUGGCGGGUCAACGGCCACCAGCACUUGGGGCCCAGCAAUCUAGAAACAAAAAGGAGUAUAUAAUAGAUGGAAUAGCGUAUUGGACGAUCUUGUUUUGGUUAAUCCCUCGUUUAUUGGCUGGACCAUGUCAGUCUUUUUGCAUGUCGCACUUUUGGAAAGCUAGGACGAGGCUACUUUGUCUGCGUAAGGAGUUAUGUUAUAGAUACCCGUUGACCUUGCCCAACAUCCCUCCGUCUGCCCGUAUCACAUGCAUAUAUGUAUCUAACUGUCUAUACAAUCGCUAGCCUUCCUUGAGUUUUUUCGAUGAACAUCAUGCCGCCAUGUCUUGUCUCAUGUCU